GGUGUUCUGAGAGCGGAGACGGGGAGCGCGGAGGGUCAGUUCUAGUAGGUUUGAGGAGCGCGAAAGGAGGCGGUCCUUCUCCUUAGCAACGGGAGUGUUGCUGGCGUUGCUAAGGAGGAUGCUGCUGAUGCUACAGGGCAAGCCUGCAAAUGGAGGCGGCGGCGGCUCUGCUAGUGCGGGGACGUGGAGCCGCCGGCAGGGAGAAACCAAAGGAGUUUAUGAGCAACAGCCAAAGGACUGGCACGACACAUAACCUCAGUUUCCCUGGCUUUGAGAAGAGCCACACUCUUCGCAAUGGAAUCUUGGGCACAUCAUCGCUGGAUCAGGGAGGAAUUGGUUAUCCACCUAACUACACCAUGGAGAAACCAACCAUUGAUGAAUUGGAAGAGAGCUUGAGGAAGCUUAAAGUCCAAGUAGACAGCUUGGCCUCCAGUCUGAGUUUCCAAUCAGAUGAAGACGACAUUUUGGAUCUGAAACCUUCCAGUGACUCAAGUCCUUUUAGCUCCAAGUGGCCAGAGGCUCUUUCAGGGAGCUAUGGGGAAUCCACCAUUGGAGGGUCACCAAAGCGACCAGAAGAAUCAGAAUGGUUCUCGGAGCCCAAACAUCUCCUUAGACCCUUUGGAGAGUAUUCAGCCCUGAACCAUUUGGGCCUUCCAACUUUUGCCAUGUCCUCGGCAGACCGGGCAGCAGGGAUUCUAGGAAGCGAGAUUGGCACUCGGGAUUUCGUGCUUUCCGCGGAUCUCGCCUUUCCAUUGAAGCUGGGGGCCCCUCACGUGAUCGGCGUCAAGUCCCUGUUGCCCCCUAAGAUCCCCAUCAGGCCUCGCUCUCCGGAACGAGCGCCGCCGUCCCUCGACAGAGGCCGUUCCCUGAGCCUCGGUCGUUCCGAAGCCGGCCGCUCGCAGUCCUCCUCCCCGGCUUCCAAACGUUCCCGCUGGCUCCGCUCCCGAUCUCAGUCCCCAAGGCCCGUCUGGAGACCUAACUCAGCCAAGGCAAACGCCUGCGCUCAGCCUCCUCCGCAGUUGGGGAGACCCAGAAGCAGCAGGAAGAAGAACGGACCCAGCCGGCAGUCGCGAUGGAGGAUAUACAGGCCAGGAACUUUGGCCAACAGAUCUGAGGCCCCCGGUCCGGCAACUGGAAGGGGAGUGCCGAAUGACGCUUGGAGUCCUUACAGCUUGCCUUGCGCUGCCGUAUCCUCGCCUACGGCCCAGGAGCUCAAUGAACGGUUCCUGCGGAUUCUCGCAGAAGGAGCCACCGGCAGCUCCCUGAUCCAAACGUCCCCCUACGAGAAAGAGCUGGCCCGUCUGCGACUGGAACGCCUGCGGGUGGAGGAGGCCUGGCUGCUGGAGCUGAAGAGGCAGCAGGAGCUGGAGCGAACCCGGGGCCCGAAGCCCAAGUGGCAAGUGCACGUUCUGUACGAGAUCAAAAACUCCCAAUUCCAUUACGAAGCCCGCAAGAACAACGAAUUUCUGAGGAACGGGCCGGACGUGGAGUCGGUCUGUAAGUAUCGGCAGGAGCUGGCCGCCGCCUCCAAAGAGUUCCAGCAGCAGCCCAGGCCUGCCUACCCAGAGACCUGCUGA